AUGGGUGCUGGCAGCUCUAAGCCCGAGGCUACGGGCAGCUCAAAGCAUGUCUUCUCUAGCCGGAGCCGCAAACAUCGGGUCACUACGGUCGAAGAUCAUUGCGAUCUUUCCUUCCUCACAUGCCUCGAUGCGGACACACCUGGACGAAUUGUUCUCCUAAAUCUUGAAGCUGACAUGAACUCCCGUCGCAGUAACUCUCCCGUGCAAUUCUCCUCCAACCUAGUGGAGGCCCUCCAGACCACCUCCGAGACCGACUCCUCGCGCGCCAAGUCUCUGGAGCUGGAGAUCCAAAACCGCGUCGCCGAGGAACUGAAGCGCCUCCACGAGCGCGAAAAGCAAACUCUCGCCGAGAUUGAGAAGCGCCUCGCCGAAGCCAAAGACACCGGAUCCAUCCCCAUCAGCGCCGCUACAGCUCCCGUUGCGCCAGCGCCUUCCGGGUACGGCAUGGGGUCAUUGAACCUGGAUGCCCCACGGAUCCCCUUCGCCGGCCGGGAAUACGACACCCCCCGCGGCCGCGCCAACAGACGAUACCGCGCAAUCCGGUUCCUUGGACCGCGAGCUCUGCGUAACCGGCUCGAUGGACGGAGAAAGUUGUUAGAGCUGGAUGAGGGAGUUGCCAAGGCCCAGACGGAUGUUGUGGGCUGCUUGCGAUUGAACGACCGCCGCCCGUUGGAUUGCUGGAAGGAGGUUGAGGCGUUCAAGCGCGAGGUGGCGAAGAUGGAGGCAGCUUUCGUGGAUCGCAUUGUGGGUUAG